AUGAAUAAAGAUCGUCUCAACAUAAAUAGUCAGAUUGAACACUUGCAAUCAAAAUACGUUGGUACUGGCCAUGCUGAUACCAUUAAACAUGAAUGGGUGUCGAAUCAAUACAGAGAUUCACUUGCCUCAUUUGUAGGUCACAAUUCAAUGCUUUCUUACAUUAGUAUUGCUGAAAAUGAGACAAAAGCACGCGCCAAAUUGAACAUGCUAGAGAAAAUGCUUCAACCUUGUGGUCCUCCACCUGUGAAAGAAGAUCAAUAA